UACGUCGGGACGUCCAGCGCCGACGUUAGAGUCAGUCCGCGUCCGCCAGUCGACGUGACGUUACUUGUUGUAGAGCGACAUUUACGCCGAGAACUGUUCUGCUCACCGGCACUCUAACCGACUUGACGUUUCCGCACUUGAGUUUUCCUAAACUAGUAAUUCCAAUUGCCGCUGCUGCGUUGUUACGUUUAGUUGCGUUGAUGCGGUGCGACACUCUCACAGUUUAGUGUCUUAUCCGCGUUGUCACGUAUAACGUGCUGAAAUCGUGAAUCGCGUGAAGCCUGUUGAGUUUUGUACAGGAAUAGUGAAUUCGGUGCACCUCUUUGCAGAAAGUUCAACUAGUUAUUCCUGUCACGUUCAAACCAGCACUUCAUUCGCGGAUGGGGUUGGAGUCUAAGGUGGUCGGAGCAGUUAGAUGAAACUAGAGGAGGGUGAAAGGAGGUGUUGGAAGAUUUUGGACCAGGAGUAACAAGGAGGAGAUAGGAUGGUGACAGAGGGGCGGAAGCGUAAGAGGAUGAAGAUGAGUAAGGUGGGAAACCAGACAAAUUCGCAGGAUCCGCAGGCGGUAAAUUCGCGAGUUUUUGUUGGGAAUUUGAACACCUUUCAGUGCAGUAAGACGGAUGUAGAACGUAUGUUUCAGCGAUAUGGCCGUCUUGCCGGAAUCUCCAUGCACAAGGGAUAUGCCUUCGUUCAAUUCACGAAUCCCUUCGAUGCUCGUAGUGCUUGCCUUGGGGAAGAUGGCCGUACUGUUCUCGGCCAGAUUCUUGACGUAAACAUGGUAGCUGAGCCUAAACCUCACCAGACGGGUCGCAAGCGGCAAAACGUGGCCAAGACCGGAAACGACUGGGACUAUUACUACGACAGUUACUACGCCUCGACGGCCUUUCCGCCACGUCUAGCACCCCCGCUAAAGAGACCUCGCCUGAUGCCACCGGCUCGACCACAACAACCCAAACAACAGAAACAGCAAAACGCGAGUAACAAUGCAACUAGCCCUAACCUGAACCAGCUAAAAGUUUACAGUAACCCGGAUAUUCUGAUAUGCGGCAACUGUCGGGAAAUGUUCACCGAUCUGGGAGAGUUACUGGAGCACAAGCGGAAUUACUGUAAGCUGCGAUUUACAUGCAAGUGUCAUACGUUCAACGGUGCCACGCCUCGUAAGUGUCGUAAGUGGACAUUUUCCAAAGGGGAGAAGGGCGAAGAACUGAGCGCUGACGAAGGCUCCUCUUCCACAGGAGACUCUACGGCGUCUCUACUCUGCGUCCUAUGCAAGGACGCCUUUCCCUCAGCGUGGGAACUCAUGGUCCAUGCACAGGCCGCUCACAUGAUUAACAUAUACGAACUAGGAACGCAACCUCAGAGUCCCAGAACGACGCAGAGUCCACCCCAAAGUCCCAGUCAACAUGCUAAGGAAGAAUCUUCGCCUUCACCCCACGAUCUUCAGGAGAUUAAGGCUUCGGACAGUGAGGAACGCGUCGAAGAGGAAGACCUGGAUGGACAUGAACUCCUACCAUCUCCUGACAGUGGCAAAUCGACGGACAACGAAGGCGUAUCCUCACCCAUAAAAAUGCAAUCAGGAAUUAGCGGAUCAGACCACGAGGAUUGCGACGAGUUGACGGAUGUGGAGAACACAGCCCAAGCCUGUAUCAUGCACGCUCUCAGCAUUGACUCGUCCCUGGAACGCAGCUCGAACUCAAUCUCCAGAGAAAAUUCCGAACCUACCGUGGUUGUGGCUUUAACUAAUGGAUCCGUGUCCGCCAAAGAAUAAGCUAAACUGUUAGUUAUAAAAUGGUCUUCCCGUAUCAGGGGAGUUCUACACCAAUGCCACCAAUGAGACAUAUCGACCUCUUUGAGGAAUACACCCGUCUGUAUAUAGCUUGAAUCAUCCCCUCCCCCUUCCCAUCAGUAAACCCUAUCUGAUUAAGAUACCUUGGAAGAAAGAGAAAAAGAGAGAGAAAGAGUGCGUGUGUGUAUGUGUGCAUGUUCAAAAAACCUUGAGAACAAAAAACCAAGAAAGAGGACACGAUAACAUAACUCCAAGAGUAACGAUGACAACCAUAAAAAAAUACAAGGAUGCUGCGAGAUACGCAAUGUCGAAACCCUAAAGACGCUACAAAAUUUUACAAUUCCCAUUGGAAGUGUAUCUUUGCAAAAUAGACAGACGUAUCAAGAAAGAAAGAGAAGUUCAACAUAUAAAGUGUAUAUAUUAAAUACGAUGAUAGCGAGGAGAAUUGGUAGCAGGUCCUGUGAGCAGGAGGGAAGCUUAACGACUAGGCUUACAGAAAAAGAUAUAUUACACGAUGCUUGAUAAUUUUAAAUAAACAUUAAAAAAGCACCCUUACGUUCCCAGGACCAUGCGAGGGGUCGCGAUACGCGCGACAUUCUUUAAGCCUUCCUUUGUUGAGUGUCAUAUCUAUUUAGUCUCGAUUCGACACGCUUACCAUAUUCCAAAUUCUGUGUUCCCGUGAGAAAUAAAGAAGUAAACGAACUUUCAAUAAACAGGAUAAUAAGGACAAUUGGUCGGAUUGCUCGAUUUCUAACGAAAGUUUACUCAAUGAUAAGUGAACGGACGUCAACCGAGGGACUCUUGGAAUUUUAUGAGCUCUACCUGUCUCAGUAGCCAAUUAAUCAGCCUACCACCCAGCCAGUCCCUUUACCGCACUUAUCUGCAUAAAUUCUUUCUCCCUUAAACAUUUCACCCUUCAAAGACAAACGAGUCGGUUUGCUAGUCAAGAAUAUUUUCCAGAUGAUACUUAUACAAUUACCGUACUCGCUAGUCGCUACUCCAUUCAAUACACUAAAUUUGUAAUGCGUAUCUAAACUUAUGCCAAGCAACGUGCUACGAACUGAAAAAUAAAAGGAACGUAUCGGAACGAUACAAAAGUUGAAGUAUACUGCAUAAGUAUAGGUGUAAACCAGUGAUAGUGAGAAAGGAAGAGAUUUAGAAAGUGUAAAAGAUGAAGGUAUCAAAUUCGAACUCGGCAUGAGAUUCAGCAGCUUCUUCCACGAUAAGGAUGGCUGCCGCUCUCGCAGUUCCCUUUCCCAAUAUUAUAAUCGCAUUAAUUUAUUAUUACCUCUAGACAAAAGUUAUUUGUUCAUUGUCGUAUAUAAACAAUGUUUUAUGUAUCAUUAUCAUCCUAAUAAAACAAAAAAUACGUUACGUCUUUUAA